CGCAACCAUUGCGGUCUUACUGUCAUGUUGCAAGGAACGGUAUGACUCGGAGGCAUGCAGUAUGUAGAGAUGUCAGUACAGCAAAAAUAAUACACGUUUGCUUAUUGUCAGAAUUUCACAUUGGCUUUUUUUGUUUCCUUUCACGUCACGUAGCAAACACCACUGGGAAACCGAUUCAGCUUUCUGAUGGUUCAUCUCUGAGAAUUGUUUUUUUUUUUGUCUUCUUGCUUUACAUGUCAAGCUUUAGGACCCGGCGGGACUCCUCCUCUUUCUUUGUAGUUUUGUUUCCCCGUUUUAGGGCUGCAGUGAAUUAGGAGCCGAAUGUCAGAAGGUGAAAAAGGAGCCAAAAUUCAUGGCUGGUUUCAUACAGAUCGCUAACUGGAGUAAGACGCUAUAACAUGAAUGUGUACAACAGGCGGCCCAAGUGAUUUUUCCAGUGUAAGGAAUUUAUUCAGGCUCGCCCUUGUUUCUCUUGCGCGUUCACGGGGUCUUACCUAAACCACACGGAACAGCAUCCUAGUGCUGCAGUGUGCUCUUAGGCAUAACUUUCGCAUCUUCUUCCUCCACAUUAAGAUCAGUCCAAGGGAAACUCAAUCUUAUUUUCAGGUUUCCAGUUCCGCUAUGAAGAAGAUACUCUACACGUUCCAGUGCUUGUGUAUUUGUAUUUCCUUGACGAUACUAUGGCAGUCAAGAUCAGCCAUGGCUAGUUCCUCGGAAGAUGAAAUGAAAAAUAAUAUCACCUAUUUCACUAAAAUUCUUGACAGUCUUUUGGAUGGCUAUGAUAAUCGACUGAGACCUGGAUUAGGAGAUCGUGUAACAGAAGUAAAGACUGACAUAUAUGCGACAAGUUUUGGACCUGUGUCUGAUACGGAUAUGGAAUACACAAUAGAUGUCUUCUUUAGACAAAGCUGGAAAGAUGAAAGAUUAAAAUUUAAAGGACCUAUGAACAUUCUUCGGCUAAACAACUUGAUGGCCAGUAAAAUUUGGACUCCCGAUACUUUUUUUCAUAAUGGGAAGAAGUCUGUGGCCCAUAAUAUGACAAUGCCUAAUAAACUUCUCAGAAUUCAAGAUGAUGGGACACUUUUAUAUACUAUGAGGCUUACUGUGCAAGCUGAAUGCCCAAUGCACCUUGAAGAUUUUCCCAUGGACACUCAUGCCUGCCCAUUAAAGUUUGGUAGCUAUGCCUAUACAACAUCAGAAGUAACCUAUAUUUGGACACGAAAUGCUACUGAAUCAGUAGUUGUUGCAGAAGAUGGAUCUAGAUUGAACCAGUAUGAUUUACUUGGACAAACUGUUGGAAAGGAAACUGUAAAAUCCAGUACAGGUGAAUAUACAGUCAUGACAGUACAUUUUCAUCUCAAGAGGAAGAUUGGAUACUUUGUGAUUCAAACAUAUUUACCAUGCAUAAUGACUGUCAUUUUAUCACAAGUGUCCUUUUGGUUGAACAGAGAGUCUGUUCCUGCAAGAACAGUUUUUGGUGUAACUACAGUACUGACUAUGACUACUUUGAGUAUCAGUGCAAGAAAUUCACUUCCCAAAGUAGCAUAUGCAACAGCCAUGGAUUGGUUUAUAGCUGUCUGUUAUGCCUUCGUCUUUUCUGCAUUGAUAGAAUUUGCCACAGUGAACUAUUUUACAAAGAGAGGAUGGGCCUGGGAUGGAAAGACAGUAGUGAAUGAUAAGAAAAAAGAGAAAGCUUCAAUCAUUAAGAAAAACAACGCUUAUGCUGUGGCUGUUGCAAACUAUGCACCAAAUAUUACAAAGGACUCAGUAUUGCCUACCAUCUCUAAAAGUGCCACUGCAGAUCCAAACAAAGCAAAGCCAGAUGCGAAACCACAGGAAGCCAAGAAGACAUUCAACAGCGUAAGCAAAAUUGACAGGAUGUCCAGAAUAAUGUUCCCUGUUUUAUUUGGAACCUUUAAUUUGGUGUACUGGGCUACAUAUUUAAACAGGGAACCAGUCAUAAAAGGAUUAGUGCCAUCCAAAUAGGUGAUCAGAUAUACUGUAUGAGAAUUCUAAAUAUAGGACUGAUGAAAUGCCAAAUACAACAAAUAACUGCUAAUAUAUGUGCUUUUGGUAAGUCUGUAAAAGGCAGCCAAGCACGAGUACAAAUGUUUUCUUAAUGCUUCAUUGUCACUAUUUAAAUAUUGUUAGAAUACAGUAUUUGUUUUCUUAAACUUGGUAUUUCAUUUUCUUGUUGUUAAAAUGUUUGGAAGUAUUCAUUUCUUGCCAUUUUUGAUAUUUCAUUUUUCCCAUAUUUUUAGAAUACAAAUGAUUCGCUGUUACAUUUAAAGCCACAUGUAGCUGCACUAUACACUAUGCCAGUUUCUCUGCUUUUUGUCUGUGUUUGUCAGCAACAGUUGUACUAUGUUGAUUUUUGUCUUCAGCUAGUGAAUUUUUUGAGGACCAAAAUACCUGCAAGUGCUUAAAUCUGAAGGAUACUUAAAAUUGAUCCUUUUUUCUAUUUAGUUUUUCACCAAAUAAUUAUGGAAUUUUGAAAUCCAUUUUUUAAAUCUAUUUCAUAGAUAUUUACGACUUUAAGCAACUACUCUGUCUCAGCUAAAAGAUGUGUUUCAUAAAUAAUUUGAAAUAGGGUUACUGAAUUAGAAUGUCACAUUUGAAAAUUGAAGUAAUGAUGACCUCAAACAAGUUCAACAUGUAACUUUCAAAGAAAAGUUUAUUUUUUUUGUGAUUUUCACAACAAAUUAAUUGGCCAUAAUUUUAGCUCUGACUGCUCCCUGCAGUGAACAUCUCGAAGGGUUUUUAUUUAUGUGUGUAUGUCUGUGUGUUUUUAUGUAUUUAUUUAUACAUCAGAUCAUCUCAAAAAUGAUAACCAUUCACUGAAUAUUGUAAAAAAAAUGCAUUUUGAUUCAUUGACAAGUUAUCAAAAACAUUUCUAAAGAGCACUGCCUCUCUAUUUUAUUGGGCAGGUAGCUAUGCUGAUGUAAAAUGAUUCUGACCCAAUAUACUUGAUAUCCAUAAAGAUGAUUUACUGUUAAAAUAGAGUUUGUCAUUUUCAUAUGCAAGUAAAAGUUUAGUAUUGUCAGCUAAUUCUUGACUCAUUCAUUUUUUUUCUCAAAUGAUAUAAUAACCACUUGUAAAUUCAUUAUUGUGACUCAUAAACUAUUGUAAAUGUACAGUAAAUGAUACAUUAUUAUUUAGAAUAGAACUAAUAGAAAUAAUUAUUGUUCAAAAAUUCACUGAAUUAAUUAUUAUUAAUUUUAAGUGCACAUCUUUGCAUCAAACAGCAGCCAGGGAUGACUUUAAGAUAUUUCUUAAAUACCCCAUUUAUAUUAAAUAAAAAUGUUUUUAUUGCUUUCUUGAUUCGUCUCACUGAGUGACAAUUUUUUGAGAAAAAAAUUAAUUUUAUACAUACAUUAGCAGUUGUUAGUUGAUAUGAAUACAGAAAGAUCUUUGUUAUAAAAAUUUUUAUUGUAAGUAAAUAUAAAGUUUAGUGCAAAUUGUUACAGUAGUGUACAGUAAAAACUUAAAUAAUACUUUCUAAGGUGUGGUGCACAAUAUUGCAAUCUCCUUAUGAUGUAAAGAAAAGUGUUUCUUUAAAGUAUUUAAAUUGUACGUUCUGGAAUUUAAAGAGGGAAAUCAUAUGUUGGAUUCUCUGUUUUGCCCCAACUUGCUUUUAUUAUUAUUAUUAUUAUUUGGUUUGUUGUAAUAUUCUAGUGUCCUGCAUGUGAUAAUGGUGUCAAAGUCACAAAUUUAAUUU